AUUUUUUCAUCUAUAAAACAAACGUCGCUUGAAUUCCCCAAAGCUUGCUUUAAAAGACACUCACCGUACUCUCUCGUUUGACACCGAGAGACGCCUCACUGUGUGUUAACACCGCCACCGUGCUUCCCCUAACCACCACCUCCGAUCAUAAUCACUUCAAUGUCUUCCUCUCGUCACUGCACUCACUGCACCAGCACCUCAUUCACUCGCGACGACGACACCGGCCAACUCUACUGCGACUCCUGCGGCGUCACUCAACCGUACGAUCAAUUCGAAUCCAAUCUCGGCGGUAUAACCGGUCCACAAGGUACCUACAUCCACAUCGGAACCGCAGGUUCAGGUACACUUUACUCUUACAGAGACCGUAAAUUACUUUCCGCACGUACUUCAAUUAAACAAUUCACUAAUCGAUUAGGUUUAGCUUCCAAAACUAUUGAAAUUGAUUCCAUGAUUUCUAACAUCACCGACGGUGAAUUCGGUCAAGGUGACUGGUUUCAAGUUUUGAUUGGUGCUUGUUGUUAUGUUGUUAUGCGAAAACACGAACGACCUUUUUCGAUGGAUGAAAUUGCUAAUGCUGUUAAUUGUGAUGUUUAUGAGCUUGGGAGAAUGAUUAUUAGGGUUGUUGAUUUUUUGGAUUUGAGAGGGAGUGAUUUUCCAGAGUUUGAUAUUGUUCAUAUGUUGAAAAGGAGUAUUGAUAGUUGUAAUUGUUUUGAGAAGGUUGAUAGGAGUUUGGUUGAUAGAAUGAAGAAACAGGGGAUUUUUUUGUUACAGUGUGCGGUGAAAUUGUUUUUGAGUACUGGUCGUAGGCCGCUUCCUUUGGUUGUUGCAGUUUUGGUUUUGGUCGCGGAGAUUAAUCAAGUCGAUGUUAGGUUGGAGGUUUUGGCUAAGGAGGUUCAUGCUAUUGUUUCUACUUGUAGAACUAGGUAUAAGGAGCUUCUUGAGACGCUUGUGAAAGUUGCUAAAGUGUUGCCUUGGGGAAAAGAUAUUACGAAGAAAAAUAUUGUUAAGAAUGUUCCUUUUGUGAUGCAGUAUAUGGAGAAGAAGUCUAUGUCAAAUCCUGUUGAGAAGAGUACGAGUGUUGAUCGGACUGGGUUAGAUUUGGGGGAUGUGGUUACUGAGUGUUUAACACAAGAGGAGGAAUAUGAGUAUGGGGUUGAUGGAUUAGUUCUGCGAAAAGAUUCUCAGUAUUUUUCAUCGCAAAGUAAUGCUGAUACAGAAGGUAUUAGGGAUGUUGAGGCGUUACAGAUUUCACCUGAAUGUUUAUCCCUGAUGUAUGAGAAUUUUUUAAAUGACAAUCGUAGUGCUAUGUCUUCAAGGAGUGCAAAUGUUCAGAAACGGAGAAGGGUGGAAUUUGAUUUUCAAGAGUGUAGCGAGUGGUGGAAUGGAGAAUCAGAAAUGAGCAAACAGCUUAUACUGAAACAGUUACUUGCGAAAGAUAUUGGGGUGGAAACCAUGCCACCGUCAUUUAUCAAUGGUCAAUUGAAAUGUAAAAUUAGGCGAGAGAAGAUCAAUGCUGCAAAGAAGCGAAUAAAAAGAAUCACUCAUCCAUUACAAGCUGAUCUAGAUGAUACUGUAAAUAUUGGUAUUUUAGAUAGCACUGGCCCUGAGAAAAGGAAGAAGAGAAGAGGAAUGGUAGUUGAUGGUAUUGAUUGGGAAGACUUGAUUAUUGAGACACUUAUUCUUCACCAAGUAAAGGAGGAGGAAAUUGAGAAGGGUCAUUACAAUACCUUACUAGGCCUAUAUGUGUUUAACUCUGGCAUUGUAUAAAGAGUCUUUUAGGAUAUAAAGAUAUUAUAUGAGAAGUUUCAGAUUUAUUGGCAUUUUAA